AUGGCUGUCUCGGUAUGGGUGUGGUUACGAGGUGAAUUUCUGCUCGAGUCGUUCUUACCACUAAAUUUUUCGGCGUCUUCAUCAUCGACAUCACGAAACGAGGAAUCGCCGUGUCGUUCGAGUGCAGUCGAUGGUGCACAUGCGCUUAUCGAUGUAUGUCAGGCGAGGAACUGGGACCGGUUGAGUGUUUUGGAAUGGUCCAAUAUCGUUGAUGAAAUCGGCCUGGAUCAUGCGCUCAGUGAGGCAGUCUAUAGAAAUGCUUCAGGAGAGGAGAUAACCCUUAUUUCCAUCAACUUAUUCAAGGCUCACGCCACCCUGAGCUGUCUCGCCUUGCACAUACUUCUCGCUGGCCUCGAGCGCUUCUCCUAUGAAGCAGACGAAAUCGUAGAGGCAUUUGAUUGCGCUCUUGCCCUCUUUGUAAGGACCAAAGAAGCGGUGCAAGACGGCACAGAUAGUGAGGGUGUGAAGGGUUCGAUUGGUGUAGAUGACUUCAUCAGUGUGUUGUGUCGUUGCGCCCUUGGCUGUUCUCAGGCGGUUCUGAAGAAGGAUCGCAUUCGUUUCAACAAUCAACAACUGAAAGAGCUUUCCACGUCAAUGGAUCUGCUUUUUGAAGGAAUGACUGAAGACAACGAGGCUGAUAAGAGACACGACCACAUCGUCAAGGUUUCAGAAAUAAUGCAGGAUAUCUGGUUUGAAGACAACGAAAUUUCCUUGCGAAAACUCACUGCUAACAUGAGAAAAUGUCUUGUACAAGAUCCGUUUCAAAUUGACGAUCUCUCCGUGGACACGGCGGUCUACAAAGAUGUACAUCUUAGAAUUUUGUCCAACAAGGCAGAAUCCAUGUUUAUUGCGCCGUGGAGAAGCCGUUCCACUAUCGUAGACAACAUACGAUCCUGUUCUGCUAUGGUAUUAGGGCCUACCAAUGGUACGGUAGUCCUCAGAGAGGUUCAUAAUACAAACGUCACCGUGGCAUGCAAACAACUUCACCUUUGGAAGUGCUCUCAAGUCACUGUAUUCCUACAUUCGUUUCGUCCUCCAGUUGUUCGCGGAUGUGUUGAUGUUCAUUUCGCUGCUUUCAACGUCUCCUAUGAGGGUCUAUCAGAAGAGAUGGAAGCAGCUAAACUUCGCACUGUACGGUACAAAUCCAGCAAGCAUAUAAUCAAUGAUCUUCUGCAAAAGCUUCCACCAUUCUAUCGCGGACAAUGGGAAAACACCAUGGCAGAAAUGCAGGAGCCGUCAGACGAUAGGGUGUCCAUAUUGCCACUGAAGAAGAGCGAUCUGAUAUAUUUGAGAGGGAAAAUUGCCAGCGAACGUUAA